CCUCUAAAAACACCCCCCCACACACCGUCCCUGGAUCCGCGGCCCCAUGAUCCGCGGCCACCGCUCUCCCCCGGCGCUGCGGUGGCGACAAAGGUCCGGCUCUGCAUGGCCCCGGCUGUGGAUAUGACCGCCGCGCCCACCGGGGUCCGCAGCGACGAACUGCCCGCAUCCGCCUUCAGCAAACCCGGAGGCGGCCUCCCCGUCGCGGCGGCGAUGGGCGGGGAGGAGGAGAACGACAAACCCAAGGUCUCCCCAUCCCUCCUGCCCUUCAGCGUGGAGGCGCUGAUGGCUGCUGACCACAGGAAACCGGGGGGCAGGGAGGCAGCCGAAGGGGCCGGGGCUGCCCCCCGCCCCAGCCUCAGCCCCCGUCUAGGGGCUCUGACAGCGGAGGCGCCGGCUUCCCCGCUGCCUCUGGGCGGCCAUUUCUCCGUCGGGGGGCUGGUCAAGCUGCCCGAAGACGCCCUCGUUAAGGCGGAAAGCCCCGAGAAGCAGGAGAGAAGCCCUUGGAUGCAAAGCCCGCGAUUUUCGCCGCCUCCCCCGAGGCGGCUGAGCCCCCCGGCCUGCACCCUGCGCAAGCACAAGACAAACAGGAAGCCCCGGACACCCUUCACCACGGCGCAGCUCCUGGCCCUGGAGAGGAAAUUUCGGCAGAAGCAAUACCUGUCCAUCGCCGAGCGUGCCGAGUUCUCCAGCUCCCUCAGCCUCACCGAGACCCAGGUGAAGAUCUGGUUCCAGAACCGUCGAGCCAAGGCCAAGAGGCUCCAAGAAGCCGAGCUGGAGAAGUUGAAGAUGGCAGCCAAGCCCAUGCUCCCACCCGCUGCUUUCGGCAUCUCCUUCCCCCUGGGCGGUCCGGCUGUGGCCGGUGCCUCUCUCUAUGGGGCCUCCAGCCCUUUCCAGCGGGCAGGGCUUCCCGUGGCUCCUGUGGGACUGUACACGGCGCAUGUGGGAUACAGCAUGUACCACCUCACAUAGAGCUGAGCCCCGUCGAGCCCAGCCCGCCGGCUUUCCCCCCCCCGGCAUCGUGCACACUCCCUUCCCUGCUCCUCUGUCUCCUUCCUGCGGACUUCUCCUUCACGGACCCCAUGGCAGAGACUUCUCCAGGCCAGCUUUGCUCGGCCUCUGCUCUUCCCCCCUGUGAUGCUGUUUGUCUUCCCCCCCCCCUCUCCCAGUUCCAUGCUCCUCAGCAGUCCUGGGAGCUGCUCUGCUCUCUGGCUGGCAGAAAAACCUUUGAGGCAUCACACCUCAGCUCUUCCCUGUGGCACAGGGUGGUGAUGGAUCAGCCCUGCCCCGGGUCCUCCUGGAAGACAGGGGAGAAGCCCCUCUCCGUGGGGGGAAGGAACUCUGGAAGAGAAAUGGCAAAAUAAAUAUUAAGAGGGGGGCUGAAAGACAGGACGCUUUGUUUACUUUUUCUGCAAGGCAAGGUCAAGAGGCAGAAGUGUAGAGCAGCCUCUCCUGUCCCUUGUGUAACAGCACUGCCUGUUACCUGUGUUUGUUCUU